CCGCCCCAGCGCGCUCCCCUCGCACCCGCCACCGCCAGCGGCGCCCACCGCAAAAUGGGGAAACAGAAUAGCAAACUGGCCCCUGAGGUGAUGGAGGAUCUGGUGAAGAGCACGGAGUUCAACGAACAUGAGCUAAAACAGUGGUACAAGGGAUUUCUAAAGGACUGUCCAAGCGGUAGACUGAACCUUGAGGAAUUUCAGCAGCUGUAUGUAAAGGCAAAAUCACAGGAGACAAAUGGGAUCUUUGCAAGAGAAACCACCAGGAGGAGUUCCAAAUCCUUAAUGUUAGAUUUAAAGCAUAAUUUCUCUGUAUGAUCUUAUAGUUGUCAGAUCUAUGACAUUUUAUCUGGUAUCUGAAUUGGAUUUUGCCCAAGAAGACUCCCAGAAAUAAAUAUAUUUUGA